UAUCGAUGAGUGAGUGGUGUGGUGUGUUGUUUUUUUGUUUUUCUGACAAUAUUCUGUCUCUGCAUACGGCCAUGGGGCUUCGUGUUCCAAAUCCAGUCCAACUCCAAUACACACAAUUUUACACAUAUUAUAGAGAGAGAAAAAAAGAAAAAAUAAAGUACCAAAAUCUUACAACAAACCACACACUCACACAGACCCUAAUCAAUGAAUUCACAUUAAUGGUAGUUUAGUUUUUCUCUUUUUUAUUUUUGUCCCAUCGAAAAGUGUAAUUAUUUAAUGGGUUACCACCAUUGCUGUUCUUGUUACGCUCCUUGCUCUCUCUCAGCGAUUCAUUUCUAGGGUUUGGAGGUUUUACUUAUUACUUGCACAUUUCUCCUAAAAUGGUCUGAUCUGCAGUUUUUUUUUUUGUUUUUGUUUUUGUUUUGUGUGGAUCAGAGUAGUGUCACUCAGAUGUCUGCUUCUGUAACUGUCAAUGUUGUGAUUGAUCUCUACUUCUAGGGUUUGUUUUCAUCACUGUCAUUGUUGUUUUAGCAUCCUUCAAAAAGUUUUUGCCCUUUUUCUUUAUUCUACUUUAUUUUUAUCGAUUUAUUUUUGAUGGAAAUGUACCAUUUAGGAAGCUGUUUUAGUCUAUGAUUUUAUUGUUUUUAUUUUUAAAUUAAAAAAAAAGGUGAUGUGAAAUAGGGUUUUUCUUAGUUGAUUUACAGGUUGCUAGAUUUCUGCUUUUGGGGGAUGUCAUCAGCUUUCUAGGGUUUUUUAGAUCAGUUUUUUUGGUUGUGAAUGGUGUUUGGAUUUUAAGGUUUUAAAGUUGAAAUCUUCAGGAUCUCUUGUCGAUCCUUUGAAGCUUUUGAGCAUUUUUUUAGGAUGGUCGUUGCCUACUUGAAAAUGUUUUUCUCUGAUCUCUAAUUCAUGUUAGGAAAAUGAGGCAUGUUUUGGAAUAGAAAUAUUUCUGUUCUAUCGGAUCAUUUACAAGGUAAAGUGAAAUUUUCAGUUCUAGGGGCUGGUUUUUGGAGUUGCAAUUGUGAAUGAGAAGAAAGAAUCUAAUUUGGGUGAAGAAGAAGAAGUUGGUGAUGGAUUUUUUCAAAGUGAAAAAGUUUAGAAAAGCCCACAAACCAAACCCAGAAAAGGAUUCAGAGGAUGAGCCGGUUCCGCAGCCGGAAGAGCCAAAGAAUGAUAAAGGUGACGAGGUGGGUAAACCAGCCAAUGUGGAUCCUUCUGCUGAAGCUGAGGAUGAUGAUGAUGAUUUCAUCACGAAUGAGGUUAAGAGGAGAUUGAAAGAACUAAGAAGAAACAGUUUUAUGGUGUUGAUACCUGAAGAAUCUGGCAUGGAAGGGGAGGAGGAAGAAGAAGAGGAGGCUGAGACAAGCUCUAGCGAGUUGAGGGAUGUGGAAGCAGAGGGUCAACAGCCAUGGUGUGGGAUCGAUGCUGUUUAUGGCAAAUACUGUGACCAGAUGCUAUUCUUUGAUCGUUUGAGUGCUCAGCAGCUAAAUGAAGUUGGCUCCCGUCCUGCAACUCCAUCACCAAGAUCUGCAUCUAAGAAGCUCUCAUCCCCCCUAAGCUGCCUUUCCUUGAAAAAGAUAGAAGAGCCUGAGGACGAAACUGAGCACCUGCAGCAGCCACAAAAUAAUCCACAUCAGGAUCUUGAAACUGCAUAUGUAGCUCAAGUUUGCUUAACUUGGGAGGCACUCCACAGCCAUUACACACAAUUGAGCCAGAAAAUCUCUUGCCAACCUGAAAAUUCCACCUGUUACAACCACAGUGCUCAGCAGUUUCAGCAGUUCCUGGUCUUGCUACAAAGGUAUAUUGAAAAUGAACCUUUUGAACAGGGUUUCAGAGCAGAAAUUUAUGCUCGAUCAAGAAAUUCAAUGCCAAAACUGCUACAGGUCCCAAAUAUACAAGGUUCAGAUAAAAAAGAGACAGAAGAAGAGGAGUCCGAUUUACUAGUACUUGCGCCAGAUCUAGUUAGAGUAAUUGAGAGUUCAAUUCUCACUUUCCACCUUUUCCUGAAGAUGGACAAGAAAAAAUCCAGUGGCGUUCGUAAUCUAUUUGGAGGUCAGAACCAGUUGGCUACUCCUCUCCAGCAGAUUAAAUCUGCUCUUGAGAAGCUGCAGAAAGAGAUGAAACUGAAGGAACUGCAGAAAAGGAUGAAAGGUUGGAAGAAGAAAUCAUGGCCUGCAACUCAAGAGGAAGCUGAGCUGUUGCUUGGUCUUAUUGAUGUCAAAGUUAUGUCAAGGGUUCUAAGACUGGUGAGGAUCACUAAAGAGCAGUUAUUUUGGUGCGCGGAAAAGAUGAAGAAACUAGAUUUGUCUGAUGGAAAACUGCAGAGAGAUCCCUCUCCCAUCCUGUUUCCUUGCUAAAUAGCUCGAAAGAAUCGCAGGACAGAACAAACUAGGAAGGUCAGUUAUGUAUGGAUGUUGCAAACAAAUCCCAUUUUCAUUUCUUUUCUAACAUCAGUUCUCGGGGUUUGUUUUUUUUAUAUUGAUGUGAGAUAUCUUUUUUCAGUCAUCAAUGGGGCAAGAAAAGUAGAGGGGACUCAAACUAUGCAACUUAGUCUUUCUAGUUUGAACAAAUUUCAGUUGUAUUUGGAUAUUAUUAUCGAGGCCAUACCGCAGAUACUUUUUGGGUUUUUUUGUAAAUCUGUGGAAAUGAUAUUAUCUAAAAAGGUACAUUAGGUUGUUAUGUUUCAUACAUUGGCGUAAGAUGGGUUUAUGAUUUUAGGUUAAUUACUUUUUAUCC